AUGUUGUGCACCAGCUGGAGCUGUGGCAGAGUGUGCCUUAGUCCAGCAGUGUCCAUCUCUUCUAUCCUUAGUCCAGCAGUGUCGAUCACUUCGAUCAGCAAGACGUUAAUGUUCAACCAACAACAGCGAAGCAAUUCCUCUGCCAUAGUAAUGGAAUCACCCAGAGAACAACCUAACUUCGAGCUCUUCGCAAAGAAGCCCUAUGAGCCUCCUUCAUGGGCGUCCCACCUUAACCCAGUUCCAUCUCACUUCUUCUCCCUUGGACAUUUCCCCACUCCAAUUCACAGAUGGAACCUUCCUAAUUUGCCGAAGAACACUCAAGUUUGGUUGAAGCGUGAUGACCUUUCUGGAAUGCAACUGAGUGGUAACAAGGUCAGAAAACUGGAAUUCUUGUUGGCAGACGCUGUGGCACAGGGGGCAGAUUGCAUUAUAACCAUAGGAGGCAUCCAAAGCAACCACUGUCGUGCAACUGCUGUAGCUGCUAAGUAUUUAAAUCUCGACUGUUAUCUUAUACUACGCACCUCAAAGGUUCUUGUGGACAAAGACCCUGGAUUGACAGGCAAUCUCUUGGUUGAGCGAUUAGUUGGUGCCCACAUUGAUCUUGUCUCAAAAGAAGAAUAUGCAGCCGUUGGGAGUUUGGUAUUUCCAUAUCCCCCAUUGUCUGUUUGA